AUGGAUCCUGAGAAGGGUUGGGUAUGUUCCCUCCCUGUCGAAAAUGUUCAAGCUGUCGCGUCCAGGGGCCUGGAGGAAGUUCCACCAAGCUAUCUACAGCCCGCAUCUGAACUUGGCAACGUCUGCAAGACCGCGUCUCUUGCGAUUCCCGUCAUAGACAUGAUCCAGCUUGGUGAGGAUCACCCCGACCACAGUGAUGAGAUCGGGAAGUUCCAUUCAGCUUGCAAGGAAUGGGGCUUCCUCCAGUUGAUAAACCACGGCAUACCGGAAGAGUUCAUGCAUCAGGUGAAGAUAGAUACAGAGGAGUUCUUUAAGCUGCCAUUGGAAGAGAAGAAGAAAUAUGGGCAGUUACCCAACACCAUCGAAGGCUACGGCCUUGCCUUCGUUGUGUCAGAAGACCAGAAGCUUGACUGGGGUGACAUGCUCUUCCUUUUCGGACAACCUGCUUCCCAGAGAAACCUCAGAUUUUGGCCAAAGAACCCUGCCUGUCUCAGGUGGUUGGUAUGGAUCUUACUUUUCCUCCUGAGAGCAAUGGCCAAGAACUUAGGACUUUCUCCAGAUGUGCUUGUGGGAAUGUUUGAAGAGGGAGCACAAGCGAUAAGGCCUAACUACUAUCCCCUGUGCAAGCAAGCAAACGAGGCCAUGGGUCUGACCCCACACUCUGAUGCCACCAGACUGACCCUGCUAAGUCAAGUGAACGAUGUGGAUGGAUUGCAGAUCAAGAAAGAUGGUAACUGGCUACCUAUUAAACCUGUUCCUGGGGCAUUCAUUGUCAAUGUAGGCGAUGUCAUUGAGACAAUGAGCAAUGAAGAGUACAAGAGCAUAGAGCACAGAGCAAUCGUGAAUCCAGAAAAGGAACACCUCUCAAUAGCUGCGUUUCACUGUCCAAACAUGCAAGCUGCAAUUGGCCCGUUGCCAGAUCUCGCUGUAAAGAGCAGUGCGCUGUACAAAACAUUGAAUCAUGAGCAUUACGUAAGGCUAGUUCUAGGGAGCAAACUUGACGGUGAAAGCCUGUCAGACCAAUUUAGACUUGGUGAUGUAUGAGUC